CCCAGGUUGCACGAUUUCUUGCCUUAGGGGACACUGUUGCAUGCGCGCAGGUUUGCAAGGCCUGGACAGACCACUUUGUGUACCCCAUAUGGCACACCAUCGAUUUUGCCGGCAAUACAUGGCCCAAGAAACUUGGCUCGGCCGUCAUCGCUAAAUACGGACAUCAUAUUCGCAUCGUCAAGAACCUCAAGGAUAUGGCAAAUGUCAAUGUCAUACUCUGGUCUAGGGCAUCCAAGCUGAAGGAACUCUCCAUUGCCGUUCAGGACAAGUCCGACUUCCAGGCUUAUUGCUACGACAUUAUCCGCCGCAGCAGCACCACUCUCCUAUCCCUGGAUAUCUCCUGUCUGGCAUCCUCACGGUCGUACUUAUGGCUCGCGGCAUUCUAUCAGCGUCCCGGAACUGCAACAACCUCGAAAUUGUCCUCACUCACCAUCAGUAGGCUGCAACUUACACGAGAUGCAUUUUCGGCGCUACUGCAACAAUGUCCCCUCCUCAACACUUUGGAAAUGAAAGAUAUAGUCAUCCAUUGUAGUUUCGAGUCCGACAUGUUUCAGCAUUGCGGUUUGAAGGAGCUCUACGCCUCGAUCAACCAGGUCUUCACAAUGGAUCCCAGCUUUCCUGGCGCGCCUUCGCUCUUUAUCCACUUUCCGAACCUCGAAGAUUGGAACACAGAGUAUCGGACACCAACACCCACCAUCUCCAUGGAUGUCAUCGCCAAAGACGUAGCUCGAUACUGUCCGCUACUGAAAGGACUCCAUACCGGAACCGGAGGCGACAUUACGAAGGACCUUCUGCUACAAGUCUUCCGAAAUCUGAGUACUAUCGUCGUUUCCUAUAAGAUACUUUCCGCAGAUAUAGUCACGGCAAUACUCUCUCAUCAUAAUACGCUGGAACAUCUAAUGACAUUCAUCCCACAUGAUGGUUUUCUCGAAUCCGACAAUGUGCCAGCGCUAACGGAUCAACUACAGCAUUCUAGACGGGCCAUCGAUCUUUUACCGCAGCUCUGUACAAAGCUAAAGUUACUCUGUCUUUCGUUACAUGAGAUGCAUAUCGAUGAGAUUGAACAGGUGACUUGGGGUUGCAAGGGUCUGGAAGCAUUGCAUAUCAGGAUCCAUGGACUGAACACCAAAGAGAAGAUUGAUCGGACUAUCCAACUGUGGAGGGACGGAAGGGCCAAGAGCACCGCGUUGAAGGACGGCGCCGGAGCUCUUCAGUGCGACACAUCCAUCGAGGCGCGAGUGGCCCGACAUCUUUUACGAUUCGAAAAGCUGCGGAAAAUUUGGCUUGGGCAUAAGAUCAGGACAAUCAAUGGGCCCCUAUAGGGUCACCAGCAUUAGAACAAUAAAACAU